AUUUCACUUUGACUGAGUUCUCUCUCUCUCUCUCUCUCUCUAUUUUCUUCUCUCCGUUAUUGCAGCCACCUUUACAGGAGUAUUCGUGGUGUCCACGCUCUUCAACGGUCCUUCAUCCCUUUACUCAAAAUAGUUUUUCUUUUCUCUCUCUCUCUCUCCUAAAACCCUUCAAAAAUUGUGGAGAAAAAAAAAACUGAAGUGGGGUUUUGAAAAGAGAAUUCAAGAACUCAAAAAAAAAAAAAAAUGGUGGAUAAAAGGAAGUUGCAGAAAAGGGUCUUUGUUAGUGAAGAUGAUAUAUCCACUCUCUUACAAAGGUAUACACCAAUGACAGUGUUGACACUGUUGCAAGAGGUGGAACAAGUUAAAGAUGUGAAAAUCGAUUGGAAUGAAUUGGUGAGGAAGACCACAACUGGGAUUACAAAUGCUAGAGAGUACCAGAUGUUGUGGCGCCAUUUGGCUUAUCGAAAGGGAUUGCUAGAUGACUUGGAUGAUGAUGCUCAACCUCUGGAUGAUGAUAGCGAUCUAGAAUAUGAAUUGGAAGCUUUUCCUCCUGUAAGCAGUGAGGCUUCAGCGGAGGCAGCAGCCUGUGUGAAGGUAUUAAUUGCUUCUGGGGCUCCAUGUGAUACAAAUAUGUCAAAUGGAAAUACAGUUGAAGCUCCAUUAACCAUAAACAUACCCAAUGGACAAACAUCUGGAACUGCUGCAGAAAAUUCACUCCAUGGUAUUUCAGCUUAUGGGACAAAAAUUACGGUCCCGGUUUUAGUGGAAAAGCAGCCACUUCCUUCUGUCAUGGCUUCUGAGAGUACUUUGGACACCAGUGGACCAGCUAGUGGCAACUUUCCUCCUCGGCGAAGACGAAAACCUUGGUCGGCAGCAGAGGAUAUGGAACUCAUUGCUGCAGUACAAAAGUGUGGUGAAGGAAAUUGGGCAAAUAUAUUGAAAGCGGAUUUUAAGGGAGACAGAACAGCUUCACAACUCUCUCAGAGGUGGGCAAUUAUUAGAAAGCGACAUGGGAACUUGGUCGGAAAUGACUCACAGCUGUCGGAGGCUCAGCUUGCUGCUCGUCAUGCAAUGUCCCUGGCGUUCGGGGAUAAUUUGAGAGCAGCUCGUCCAAUCAGCACUAAUGGUGGGCCAAAUUCAGGCGGUGGACUUGGUAUCUCUUCACGUUUUACUGCUGCUGAUAUUGCAUCUGGUGGUCCACAAUCCAAGCAUCAGCAAGAUUUAGUACCGUCAAAACCUAUAAUCCCAAAAAAUCCAUUACCAAAGCCUGCUAUUGUUAACCCAGAUCCAUUCGCCAGAGCUGCUGCUAUGGCUGCAAGCUCCCGCAUAGCCACCCCUUCAAGUGCUGCUGCUAUGGCUGCAAGUUCCCGCGUAGCUACCCCUUCAAGUGCUGCUCCUAUGGCUGCAAGCUCCCGCAUUGCUACCCCUUCAAGUGCUGCUGCUAUGGCUGCAAGCUCCCGCAUUGCUACCUCUUCAAGUGCUGUUGCCUCGCUGCAAAAGGCUGUACAAUCUAAAAAAGUCGUCCAUAUCAUGCCUGGGGGAACUCCAGCUGUCAAAUCGUCUGUGCCAGGUAGCACUAAUGGUUUGCCCAGUAAUGUGCAUUUCAUUCGAACUGGCCUGGUGUCCCGUCCCCCGGGCCCCUCAAAUGCCUCACAGUCUGGGACUCAGCAUUUGCAGGGGCACUCUCUAAGAUCUGCAUCGCCUGCAGUUCAACCUAAACCAACACUGGCUUUGCCUUCCAGAACAAAUGCUUCAUCCGGGACUCCCAGUACCCUUACAUCUAGAGCAGCCGGUAUCCAAGAAAAUCAAACUGUUGUGCGGCCUAAUUUAAGGGGUGAGAAAGCUGAAGUUAUUCGAGAUGCUUCAUUGGCGAAUACACCACAACAGCAGGUCCCAAAAGAUCGAACUUUUGGUUCAGGCAACUUGUUGACAGAGAAAGUUGAAGGUCAAACUUCAGUGUUAGGUGUCUCAGUGAAAGAGCUUGCAGGAGAGAGUAAAGCUUCAAGAAUUCAUGUUCAAGAAAAGCUAAUCCCAAGUCAAGAGACUCUCAGCAAUAAGAAUGAGAACACUAAAAUAGAAUUGGCAGUUAAAAACACUGUAAGAAGGUGAUUAAAGAGAGUUGAGAAAGGGCAUUGAGGUAAAGCCACAUUUGGGAACUGAGGAUGGGGAAGAGUAAACUAGAUUCACUGGCUGGACCAGAUAUGUAUGUAAUUUCCAAUCGUACCAGCUAUUUUGUGCUACAUUUCGUCCUCAACUUUGUAAAUAUGUUCUCCUAAAGUCUUGUUUAUAAUUAGGUGACAAUUCAAAAUUCUUUCA